ACUGGCUCCACCUGGCACCUACCAUCCACGUGGUUCAUGAUGGAGGCUACAAAGCAGAAAGCUCACAAAAAGCGACAAGCUGGUACCAAAGCUAUCAAAAAGAAGAAAAGGGACAAGAAGGGGAAGGAAAACGAGGAAGCAGAGGAUCAAAGAAACCCCAAGGCUUUCACUUAUCGCAGCGCCAUCAGAGCAGCCAGAUCAAAGAGGAGGACACUAGACAUCAGUGAAAAGAGGAACCGUCUCCCCCAGGUGGACAGGACUCCAAUUGAACCACCUCCAGUACUAAUAGCUGUAGUAGGACCACCUAAAGUUGGGAAAACGACUCUAAUUAAUGGACUAGUGAAGCACUUCACUCAUCACACUGUGUCCAAGAACCAGGGACCAGUCACUCUAGUGUCAGGUAAAAAGAGACGUAUCACAUUUAUUGAGUGCAAUAAUGACAUCAAUACAAUGAUUGACAUAGCAAAAGUCGUAGACCUUGUAUUGCUGCUUGUUGAUGCUAGUUUUGGUUUUGAGAUGGAGACGUUUGAGUUCUUAAAUAUCCUACAGACCCACGGGUUCCCUCGUGUGAUGGGAGUACUGACACACCUUGACAUGAUGAAGAAGAACAAAAACUUGAGGAGGCUAAAAAAGAAACUCAAACAAAGAUUUUGGACAGAGAUAUAUCAGGGCGCAAAACUUUUCUAUCUGUCCAACAUUCGUCAUGGUCAAUACAUGAAGAAUGAAUUGCAUAAUCUUGGUCGGUUUAUAUCAGUCACAAAGUUCAAGCCACUAGACUGGCAGUCAUCCCAUCCUUACCUCAUUGCUGACAGGUAG